CACUCGAACCUCCUACAGUUGUUCAAGUAAUCCACUCUCUUAAUUCACAUCAACUUUCAUCUCGAUCGACUCACCAUGCAGUUCAAAUUUGCCUUCGUCACCGCUGCUCUCGCUACCCUUGCGGCUGCCACCCCUACCCCCCGUGACACCUGCUCUACUGGCCCUGUCCAGUGCUGUAACAGCGUCCAGUCUGCUAGUAACGCAGGCAUUGCUGGACUCCUCGGUUUGCUCGGCAUUGUCCUCCAGGACGUGGACGUUCUUGUUGGUCUCGAUUGCUCUCCCAUUUCUGUCAUCGGUUUGGGUAGCAGCAGUUGCUCCGCUCAAGCCGUCUGCUGUGAAGACAACAGCAGCAGUCUCAUUUCCAUUGGCUGCCUUCCCAUCACCCUCUGAACAUCAUCUGGGUGCUCGUGGAUACUUUGCAAAAACCUUCCUCUUUAACUUGGUGGAAACCACAACGCUCCUUUGUCGACUGUGAAAUCCUGUGGAUGCAUGGAUAUUGUCUCAAUUGAUGACGAUGCUUAAUGUGUUGAUUGGAUGUUUCGGUGGUUCGCUUGUAUCUUAAUUACUCGUGGGUAAUCAUAUUUCGGGACUUUCUUCCUCCCUCUUGUUGAAUGGAAGGUCUGCAUGAAACUUUCCUCAAGGUAAAAAGACGAUUCUUCAGGAGAGAGAGACAAUGUUCGCUUGGUCACUGCAGCUGAGGAGUCAACAAUGAAGAAUAUUCAAGGCUU